UAGCCCGGCAUUAUCUCCCUGGCGCGGCAUAUCUACAUACCGCUCUAUUAUUGUUAAUAUUGAUAUCUACCCAUUAGCACAACAUUAUAGGUACAAUCUAUUAUAUUCUGUGAAAUCAGAUUUGGUACAAUUUAUAGCGACCCGGGGCUUCGACUUCUUCGGCCGGUUGUUCCAUUAGUUCACCGCCUGCGGCCGACGCAGUCGCUUCGAUCGCUCCGGAAUCGAAUCGUUAACACUUUAACGGUGAUCUAUUAUAACCCACGGAGAUCCCAGAAUGGAUAUGGGUACCAAGUCCGGCAAGGCCGCCUUCUCCAUUGAGAAUAUCUUGGAGCAAAAGACAAGGACAGCUAUUGAAACACCCCAUCGAUCUCAGUCACGUCGAGGAUCCGCUCAAAGUCCUGGGGCAGGAACAACGGGAAUUCCUUCUCCACCUGCACUGGCGAUUCCCAAGGCAUCGCUGGCCACCAGCUCAUCCUCCGCCUCCACCUCCAAUAUCUACGAUCUGUCCCGCGAGGCAGCCGCCGCCCAGUAUGCCCUCAAGAAUAUGGACUCCAGUACCGUGCUGGCGCCCACCUCGCUACGCUUCAACCCCAUCUACCCGGAUCCCGCCUCGCUGUUCUACCAGCAAGUGCUGAACCUCCAGAAGAAUCCCUCGCUCUUCAUGCCCCACUUCCAGGCAGCCGCAGUGGCCGCCGCAGCCGCCGUCCAACCGACAGGCUAUUGUGAUCAAUACAGUCCUUUCGCCAUGGAUUGCGAGGGAUUCCCGAAUCCCGCCACCGCUGCUGCCGCCCUCUACUGCAAUGCCUAUCCGGCUGCCAGUUUCUACAUGUCCAACUUCGGCGUGAAGCGAAAAGGCGGUCAGAUCCGAUUCACCUCCCAGCAGACCAAAAAUCUCGAAGCUCGAUUCGCCAGCUCCAAAUACUUGUCGCCCGAGGAACGACGUCACUUGGCUCUGCAACUGAAGCUGACCGAUCGCCAGGUGAAGACCUGGUUUCAGAAUCGCCGGGCCAAGUGGCGACGGGCCAAUCUCAGCAAGCGUAGUGCCUCCGCCAUCCCGGGAGCAGCGCCCACAGCAGGAUCCCCCUCCUCCGCCUCGAGUGGCGGGGCUCCCGUGUUGAAUCUGGGCAGCGGGAGCAGGAGUGGCCAGCAGAGCGACGAGGAGGAUCGCAUGUAUCUCUCCGAGGACGAUGAGGAAGACGACGAGGAGGAGGAGACGGAGAAUACCCCCAAGUGAAGCUCGAAGAUUGCCCAGUU